ACCAUACCAGUUGAGCUCCUCACUUCAUAUUUCGUUUUUCCUUCGAAAAAAGAAGACCUGUAGUCCUCUUGUUCAUCCCUCUUCAAUGUCUAAAGCUUCAUCUCAUACAAUUAAGAGGCCUAGCUAGGUCCUCGAUUCCUGUUUUAGGAAGAGGAAUGAAAUACAUGCUUCUAACAGUGAGUGUAUCUUAUUUUAUGCUACUUUUCUUGCAGGCACGCAUAUUUAACGGCAAAAGAUGACACCUUCUGAAUAUAACGUUGGAGAUAGAUUUAGUCCGACUAAGGACGAACUAAUAACUCAUUUUCUAAUGCAAAAAUUACUUGGGAAUGAUCACCUAGUCAGCAGAAUCCCCCCACUUGAUGUCUACCAGCGUGAUCCCUGGGAUUUACCUUAUUCAGAUGAUGGAGAGGGAUAUUUCUUUUCUCCUCUCCAUCCUAAGUACCCCGGCACAAAUAACGGGAGAAUCAAUAGGUCAACAAGAACAGGUUCAUGGCUAGCAAAAGGAAAGGAUUAUGAGAUAACAUCUCAACAUAAUGGAGAAGUAAUUGGUAUCAGAAGAAUUUUUGUUCAUUCUUGUAAUAAAGAUGGGAUCAAGUAUGUGAUGCACGAGUUCAGUAUACCCAACCAGAAUUCUCUGGUUCUGUGUAAAGUAAUGAAGAAGAUGCCAAGUAAGAAGAGUGGAGGAACAUGUAAGAAGGUUAAAAAGAGAAAGGAGGCGGCUGAACUGCCACUGCCAAUAUGUAACGAGGAUAAUAGUACUCUAUCAUCUGGUCUAAUGAAGAAGAAGAAGAUGCCAGAUAAGAAGAGUGCAGGACCAUGUAAGAAGGUUAAAAGUUCAGAAAAGAAGGCUGAUCAUAUGCCAUAUAACGAGGAAAAUAUUACUCCAGUACCAGAUGAAGGUUUUGAUUUCGAAAACUGGAUUACCAGUGUUAUGAGUGAUUAUAAUAAUAUUAUCGAUAAUAAAGAACAGCAGACAGAAAAAUCUACAUUUGAUAAUGGCGGAACAAAUUGCCUGAAGACUUCUUCUGCUUCUGUAUACCAUGUCGCAGAUUCUACAACUCCAGAAGAUCAUCAGGGAGGCCCAGAAAUACUACCACAUCUGCAAUCAUUCUCUGGUUAUGAUCAGCAGGAUCUUAGCCUUCAUGACUUCACUCUAGAUGAUCUACCAUUGAUGCUUCCAGAGCAAGUCAACACUAGCAAUGGCCCUGCAGGAACUUCCAUGUCCGUACCGAAGGAUGAUCUUUACAUCUGGCUUGAACCUCUGUGGUCUUGACCAGUCGGUGGAGAGUGUUUCUUAGCUACACCCUCUUGUGUACUGACAAGAAACAUAAACUAGAAAAUAAAAAGUAAGAAACAAACUCUCUUUCCCCCCUAAGUUGAUUUGAUCACUGGGGUUAAUAUUAACACUAGUAAUCAGCAACCGAUUAUGUAACUUGUAGAAGUGUGUAACUAUCAUCUUCUUCGAAAACAACCUAAAUAUUUAAUCGCAUUUAAAAAUAAUAACUCAAAUAUAUUUUCAAUUAA